GCUGGAACUUAUAUACAACAUAAAGUUUAGUUCUAGAUAUUAAUAUUCCGACCAGCUAAAAAUCUACAACAAAAUAAUUGUUAUAAGAUUGAAGAUCAUGAAAACAGUUCAAGUUUUGACGAUUUGUGGGGGAUGUAGUUAGUGCCAAAGCUAAUCUCUGUUCUAAAAGGUGAAAGAAGAGAAAAUGUGGAUGUUCAGAAAUUGAUGUGUGCUUUUUGAUCUGAACUUUACGUGCGCAUUCCUCACUUUAGCCAGCAUGUUUAUGGGCUGCUUUUUAAAAGUGGGCCCAUUCAAAUUCCGGCCCGAGCAUUUCAUUUAAUCAUUUAAUUAAGCUAAACCAUCGAUAAUAAUUUAAUUACGAUUUCCCAACCACGUUGAUCGGAAUUUCGUAACAUGCGCGCCCUUUUUUGGACCAGGUCCGAAGCUCCGGUUUGAAAAACAGGCAAACGGUUAAGGUUAUAAUAAGUUUUCAUCUUAUGUUCAGAAUUUAGUGAAAAUGCAUCCAAAUUUCAACAAGAAAUUAUUGAUUUAUAAAACUUCCACCUCAAAAUAAUCGAUAAUAUAGUAACAAAAUAUUUUUCUUAUUAAUCAAAUCACUAAAAAGUUAUAAUAAAAUGAUAUAGUAUAAAUAUAUUGGAAAAUAUUCCAUAAUUUUCUAAAAAUGAGUGUUUAUACAUAUUAAAAAUAUAUCAACUAUUUAGAAUAAUUUUAAACUAAUAAUAAUUCAGUAAUACAAUUAAGUUUAUUAAAACUUACAGUUAACCAUUAUUAACGCGUAUCAAAUGUAUUGAAAACAUAAAAUACAAAUAUUAGAGAUAACAGUUUUCUACAAAAUAUUUAUCUUUCAACAAUUGAAGAAAUAUUUUAUAAUCAGACAGUCCCAAGCAUAAACUUAAAAAAAAAAAAAGUAGAACAUAUACGCUCUGAUUGUUUAGGACUUGGCUGUUAAAACUUUUAAAAUAUUGGCUUUAGAAAAAUGUGGCCGUUAUUUUAGUGGCUGUAACUUUUGAAAAACAAAAAUAUAUUCUAAAACCUCAAGUUUUGUUUCUUUUUAAAGUAAGCAAACAUGAACACAAGAAAACAAGUUAGACUUUGAGUGUUUCUAAGAAUUUUGAGAGAUUUAAAAAAAGCCAAAAUGUGACCGGUAAAAUUAUUGGCUUUAGAAACUUUAAAUUAUUUUAAAGUCCUUAAAGCCUUCAAAGAUUAAUCCCCAGUCACACAACCAUAGUAGCAACUAGCAAGUUAGCAACUCGUCAUAAAAAAAGAAACAAAUAAUAUUAGCCAAGAAAGAAAGAAAACGAACCUAAACUGGAAGGUUAGGGGGAUAGGUUCGGAGCGUAUUGCGCCUCUUUCACCCCCUCCGCUAGAAUCUAAAUAUUAAUUUAAUUUAUUUUGUUUAAUCCAUAGAAAGUGUUUAGCAAGAAAGUGAGCGAAAAUAUUCAUUUCAAAAGACAUAUCUCUUCUUCCUUUGCGAUCCUUUAUAAUACAAACCGCAAACUUCUCCCUAUCGUCUUCUUCCUCACACAGAGAGAGAGAUUCUCUAAUCCUUAACAAUUUCGCGAAAAUUCUCAGGAUGGAGUCGAAUGAUUUUUCCUUCUCCCUAGUAUCCAUUGUUGAAGAAGUUCUUCAACAUUAUAGUACCCGAUCAAACGACGCCGGAUCGCUAUUACCCCGGAAACUCGAAGAAUCUUCUUUACGAAGAUACGAAGCUGCUGCAUGGCUUAGAGAAACGCUCGGAGUUUCUAGCGGUAGAGACUUCCCCGCCGAACCUUCUGAAGAAGAUUUUAGGCUUGGGUUGCGAAGUGGGAUCGUUCUUUGUAAUGUUCUUAACAAAGUUAAUCCUGGCUCAGUCUCAAAGGUUGUUGAAGCACCGGAUGAUGUUGCAGAUGGAGCUGCACUCUCUGCUUUUCAGUACUUUGAAAACAUUAGGAACUUUUUAGUUGCUGUUGAGGAAAUGGGUUUGCCAUCUUUUGAAGCUUCUGACAUGGAGAAGGGAGGAAAGUCUAUUAGGAUAGUGAACUGCAUACUUGCACUUAAGUCUUACAACGAGUGGAAACUGAAUGGUGGAACUGGUCCGUUUAGGUAUGGUUCCAACAUGAAGAAUAAUUUUGGAUCGAGGAAACCUUUUCUGAGGAAAAGUUCUGAGCCGUUCAUGAGUUCCAUGUCAAGAACUGAUCAACCUCUGUGUUCUGAUGUUGGGCAAGGAGAUCCUAGAUCUAUUAACGUGCUUGUUCGAUCAUUUAUAUCAGACAAAAAGCCUGAAGAUAUUCCUAGUGUUGUAGAGUCUGUGUUGAACAAAGUAAUGGAAGAAGUACAGCAGCGGUUGUCAAUCCACAAUGAAAUGAUGAAAUCAAGUUCAAAGACUAUUCCAGAAGAUGUUUCAUCCUGCGAGGAGACAGUGGUACCGUCUGAGCAGCAGUGUGAGGUAAGACAACAAGAGGAAGCAGAAGAAAACAGUCCAUCAAAGGUAGUAGAAGAAAAGAUUCAAAGGAUAAAUACUGAGCACUACGAAGAACAAGAGAUUCUUCUAAAUCAACAAAAGCACAUCCAGGAGUUGAAGCAAACUUUAAACAAUACCAAAGCUGGAAUGCAAUUACUACAGAAGAAGUAUCAAGAAGACUUCUUUCACCUAGGCAAUCAUGUAAACGGUUUAGCUCACGCGGCUACGGGAUACAAAAGGGUUCUUGAAGAAAACCGCAAAUUGUACAACCUAGUGCAGGACCUAAAAGGGAAUAUACGAGUGUACUGUCGGGUUAGGCCAUUCUUGCCUGGGGAACCAACCGCUUUGAGUACCGUGGAACACAUAGACGAAGGGACUAUCACGAUCAGAGUGCCAUCAAAGUAUGGGAAAGAAGGUCACAAACCAUUCAUGUUCAACAAAGUCUUUGGUCCUUCUGCAACACAAGAGGAAGUGUUUUCAGACAUGCAGCCUUUGGUACGGUCGGUUCUUGAUGGCUACAAUGUCUGCAUCUUUGCUUACGGCCAAACCGGGUCCGGGAAAACUUUUACCAUGACAGGGCCUAAGGAAAUGACUGAAGAAAGCCUAGGUGUGAACUACAGGGCACUGGCUGAUCUGUUUCUUCUAUCAAACCAAAGAAAAGACACAACCAGCUACCAAAUCUCGGUUCAGAUGCUUGAAAUUUACAACGAGCAAGUCAGAGAUCUACUUGCCACCGAUGGCCAAACUAAAAGGUUGGAGAUCAGAAACAACUCUCAAAAUGGAAUUAACGUUCCGGAAGCAAGUCUAAUGCCUGUCUCAUCGACGGAUGACGUUAUACAGUUGAUGGAUCUAGGACAAAUGAACCGUGCAGUGAGCUCAACAGCUAUGAAUGACAGGAGUAGUAGAUCUCACAGCUGUGUGACUGUUCAUGUUCAAGGCAGAGACCUCACGUCUGGAACUAUCAUCCAUGGUUCCAUGCAUCUGGUUGAUCUUGCAGGAAGCGAGAGAGUGGACAAGUCAGAGGUGACUGGAGACAGGCUGAAGGAGGCUCAACACAUCAAUAAGUCACUCUCGGCUCUUGGCGAUGUGAUCUCUUCGCUUUCUCAGAAGACUUCCCAUGUGCCUUACAGGAAUAGUAAACUCACUCAGCUGCUUCAGGACUCCCUCGGUGGAUCAGCCAAGACGCUUAUGUUUGUACACAUUAGUCCAGAAGCUGAUACUCUUGGAGAAGCUAUUAGCACUCUGAAGUUUGCUGAACGAGUGGGGAAUGUUGAGCUAGGCGCUGCUCGUGUGAACAAAGAUAACUCAGAGGUCAAGGAGCUUAAGGAGCAGAUUAUUAAUCUUAAAAUGGCUCUAGCAAGAAAAGGAAAUGGUAAUGAUGCAGAACCAACCUCUCUACCACACAACCCUGAGAGAGUAUCAAGAAGAAGAUCACUUGAAACACCUUCCGUGCGACCCAGGCUUCCUACCAUUGGAAACGCACUAAGCAACCUUAGGCAGCCUUUUAGCGAUACCGCAUCUUCAAGAAGACACACCUUAGACCUCCAUGAGUUAAUGAGGCGGAGGCAAUCACUCAACGCGAAUGAAGAGGAUAGAGAAUCUAAGUCAGGGGAGUGGACAGACAAACAAGAUUUCGAAGUGCAGAGUAUUACAGAUAACGAAUCUGAUGAAGGCGUAGCAAGUGACUGCUCAGAUUCUGAUUUGUUGUGGCGAUUGAACGUUCAAGUGAAUGAGCCUAGAGUUUCUAAUAAACAAAGUUCAGCAAACUCUAAGCCGAAGAAAGUUCAGACAAGAACUACCAAACCCUCAGAAACCAGAAGUUUGAUUCCAUCUCUGAUCCCAGCACCAAGUAAGAGAACUCCUAACACCGUGACUUCACAGCCGCAGCAGCAGCGAGUAACCAGAGAUGGAAAACGCAGAUUGAGUUUAGGCAAGUGAACAUGUUUUCACCAGUUUCUGUAAAGAGUUAAAUCAAGGAGACAAAAAGGAAACAAAAAAGAUUUUUAUGACUACUUGGAUAUUUUGAACAUAACAACACACACAUACAGAAGUUGGAUGUCCAAAUUAAACCGAUUCAACCUGGUUUGGUUUUUAUAUUCCAAAGAAAACCGGAAAACGAAUCUGAACCGAAAGCAUUUUGCGUUUGUUUUUCGA